CCCAGUCAUCACCUCUCUUCUUGGGAUCCUUACUUCUCCCUACCGUUUCUCUGAAACGAAAAGCAAAGGAGCUACUUUGAAAGCAAGGGAGAAGAGAGAGAGCGUGAAAUGUCGACCCCAACAUCAAAAGAGGCGAGCUUACACUUGGAGGAGGGGGAGGAGCCGAGCGAUUCGGAGAACGAGCUCAAAAGGAAAAUGAGCAGUGCUUCUGUUUUCUCCACCGAUGGUGGGGAGGACGAUGACGACGAUGGCGAGGACGACGAUGAUGAUCGGAAGGGUGCAAAUGUGGUGCUCGGCCCUCAGCUGGCUCUCAAGGAACAGCUCGAGAUGGACAAGGACGAUGAGAGCCUCAGGAAAUGGAAAGAGCAGCUACUUGCCGGCGUUGAUUUGACUGAAGUUGGAG